AAAUUACUAAUUGAUAGAAAAUCGACGCAUCGGUUUAUUACACAAUAUUUUUGCAGCGGUGCGUGACAUCGAGGUUAUGUGAGCAUCUCAACGCGAGAGCAUUUAUACGACAAAAUAAAAACGGAAGUAUCCAGCACGAAUGAAGGUGGUAAAAUUUAUUGUCGCCCGAAAUACCCACCUACACGUUAAACAUAUACCACCAAAAGUAGAAUCUGCGGUCAUAAUGAGAAAAUAAAAUUAAAAAGUAAUUUCAGUUCCUUUCACAGCAAUUAUCGGAUGAAUCAGUUUGAGGAAUGAAGCAGUUCUCGUCGUCGCUGGGAUAACAGUGAUAGGUAACUUUAAUCAUUAACGCAUUCACAAUCAUACUGUCAACAAUCGAGGUGAACUAAUUGACGAGUUUUACGUGUACUUUUGUUUUUUUUUACGACCAACGUGUUGUAUUUAUUUGAAUAUUAAUUCCAGUGCAAAUUUUUUGUUUGUUUUUCGCGUAUUUUUUUUGUGUAUAAUUUUUUAUUUGAUUAGUUUCGAAUUUUAUUCAUCAUGAAAUACAGCAAUAAAAUAUUCUGGAUCUUUGUUGUGAUUGUCGCAGCUACAGCGAUAUUCGAUCGAGGCAAUUGCGCAAAACUCUAUAUUUUGGAAGAAAAUGCCAUCAAUAAAGUCACACCAUAUUCAAGAUUACGACGACAAUCGCAUCCAGCAGCCACAAUAGCCAAGCUUGUGACUCAAGACACCGGCGUAUUCACACCGAUCGUUGGACCUACUCAAUCCAGCAGCGAUCAACAAUUCCGACCAAAUAACUUGGAUUUUUCCAGUUCAGACACAUUGGUAGAUUAUCUACUGCCGCCAAAUCCGAACGCGCAGUUCACUUCGUUGAAUUUCCAAGACCCUUCUGCAAAUUUGCAAAACAUCGAUAAUUUUUUCGACGUGACUGCAACAUCGUCAUCUGACACCGUAAAUUCAUUCCAACCGAUACAAAAUCAAUUCCCUUCAUCACCGGGGACGAGCAGUUUCUCAAACCAUAUAAACAUCCCUGCCCCAAAUAUCGGCGCUGAUUCGGUGCAAAGUUUAACUUUUCAAAAUGCUCCUAGUCUUUCGAUUUCUAGUCCAACACAAACGUCGAGUAUAAACCAAUUUAUUCAAAACAAAGAAUCAAGUUCAUUGAGCAGGGAAUUAAACAGCGUUACUCAGUUCAAAAAUCCCACCAAUCAAUUCAAAAGCAGUAGCAAUUUCGUUAAAAGCGAUCCCAUUAGUUCUGAUCAAGCCAGCCAAGGUAAAUGGGAUGUUGGUUUCGAUGCGAAUGAUAUUUUAGCUCCUCCGCAUGCUGAAACAGCACGAAACGAAUACGAUACGAUAAACGGAAAUAGGUUUAAAAAAGUGAAUCUUGUCCCAUCGUCAUCGAAUAAUCUCGAAUCACCGAAUACCGUUUCACCUCCGAGUAACUUUUCUCCACCUAAUAGUAACUUUUUAACCCCUAGUGAUACGUUAUCACCUCCGAGUACCCAAUUCAGUUCAAACACCGAUCAAUUUAUUCAGCCGAAUCAAUUCGAUCAGCCAAACAAUCAGUUCCAAUCGAAUAGCCAAUUCUUGCCUAAUCAAUUCACAUCUCCGCAGCAAAACAAUUUCAAUCAGUUUAAUUCCCCACAGCCUACUGCAAACAACCAAUUUGUCCCUUCGAACGUAGUACAAUUCACGCAACAAAAUCCUUUACCAGCAUCCAAUAAUCAAAUCUCAGUGCAAAGUCAAAUUUCUUCCAAUAGCGAUCAAACUGAUGUAAUUUGGGGAACUCAAAAACAAGUCAAUAACUUUAUACCGACAACUUCGGCGCCUUUCCUACCGACCAUACCACCUAAUAACAAUAACCACCAAAAUACGAUCAAUUAUCAACAAAAUGGAUUUAAUAAUGGGCAAAAUUUACAGCAGUUUCCCAGCACCCAGCUAAACAGCGAUCAAAUUUACCAAUUCCCUGGUAACAACGUAAAUAACCAGAAUUAUGCAUUGGAUACUCCGCUCACUUCGCAAUUUGAUUCCUUUCUACCGCAAGGAACCGUCUCAGAUCACUCGUUUUUUCCCGCCAACGAAAACGUUAGGCAUUUCCAAAGCAAAAGGCAAGUCGACCAAGAAGAGGAACACGAGGAAGAAGUUGAAGAACCGUUAUACGAAUCAAAAAGCAAAUUCAAAACCGGACCUGUGCAGUAUUCAUUCGUCAAAACUGACAAAAAUGGUCAUUUCAAAUGGUCGGUAAGACAACAUCUAUCGAGGAGAUAACAGGUGGAAUGCAACCAGCCAAAACUUCUAAUUAUAAUAACUUACCACAUGUGCCAAGAGUAUCUCGAAGAGAACAUCACGAGGGCGCAGCCGGACCUGUAAGGACGUACGCGAAAACCAACCAUCAUGCGCAUUUCUCGUGGGGUGUGAAACACAACGUCGGACAUGGAUUUUAAUCUGAAUGUACAAGUUGAUGUUACGAUGCUAUUUUAUAUACCUAGACCUACGUCCUAUAUUGUAUAAUUUGUUGUCUGUUCUUUGUAACAUGCAAAGAGAAACACACUUGUUAGAUAUUUAGGCAAAUUAACUACCUACCUAUAUACAUACUUAUUUAGUAACAAAAAUAUGAGAAUCGAAGGUACCUACCUACCAAGUAGUUUGGAUGAUAGAAUCCAUUAGUUGGUAAUUAUAAGAGGAAUUCUAGUCUGUAUCUUUUUGUGAGCAUUUCAUGUCAUUGAUAGAAAAACAAAUAUGUAAAUUAAAAAAAUAAGCAUACUUUUGAGCUCUAUAUGAAAACAUUGAAUUACCUAUGUUAUUUGGUAGUGCAUUUCCAUUUUUUUUAAAUUAAUGUUUUUGUUGAUUUUUCAAAGACUUCUAUUACACACAGAGGCGUGAGCAGAAUGUACCUACCUGUACCUAUUUGUAUUUUUGAUUAAAAUAACAAACUAUUAAAUUUCCUCAAUUGCAAGAUUUCAAAUUAA